CGCCCCCGCCCCACCGGCCGGCCGCUCCGACGCCUUCGGCAUAAGCACCUCGGCAGCCACCGCCACUCCCUCCAUCGGAGCUCCACCAAAAACCCUAGACCCCUUCCGCUGCCAUGGCGUCGUCGGACGAUGCCUCGGCGGCGGCGGCGGCGGCGGAUGGGAAGAAGCCCCGCCACAAGGGGAAGCACGACAAGCCGAAGCCCUGGGACGACGACCCCAACAUCGACCACUGGAAGAUCGAGAAGUUCGACCCCUCCUGGAACGAGGGCGGCAUGGUCGAAGUCAGCUCCUUCUCCACCCUCUUCCCCCAGUACCGAGAGAAGUACCUGCAGGAGGCGUGGCCGAUUGUGAAGGGCGCACUGAAGGAGUUUGGGGUCGCUUGCGAGCUCAACCUGGUGGAGGGAUCCAUGACCGUUUCGACCACGCGGAAAACCAGGGAUCCCUACAUUAUCGUAAAGGCCAAGGAGCUGAUAAAAUUGUUGUCGAGGAGCGUCCCUGCUCCACAGGCAAUUAAAAUACUCAAUGAUGAGAUAAGCUGUGAUAUUAUCAAGAUUGGUAGUAUCGUACGGAACAAGGAAAGAUUCGUUAAAAGGAGAGAACGUCUUCUGGGCCCUAAUUUAUCUACUCUUAAGGCGAUCGAGAUUUUGACUGGCUGUUACAUCUUAGUUCAGGGAAACACUGUUGCUGCUAUGGGUUCCUGGAAGGGAUUGAAACAAGUCCGAAGGGUUGUGGAGGACUGCAUAAAGAACGUCAAGCAUCCUGUGUACCACAUCAAGGAACUCCUAAUUAAACGUGAGCUGGCGAAGAAUCCUGCUCUAGCGCAUGAAAGCUGGGACAGGUUUCUCCCGAAAUUUAAGAAGAAAAAUGUCAAGCAAAAGAAACUGAUAACAAAGGAGAAGAAACCAUACACACCCUUUCCACCUCCUCAGCAACCUAGCAAGAUUGACAUUGCACUAGAGACUGGUGAGUAUUUCAUGAGUGACAAAAAGAAGUCAGCAAAGAAAUGGCAAGAGAAGCUGGAAAAGCAAUCGGAAAAAACUGAAGAGAACAAAAGAAAGAGAGAAGCUGCAUUUGUUCCUCCAAAGGAGGACACUUCAACUCCAUAUGAAUCUGCCAAGUCUACCAGCAACAGCGACGAGAUUGCUGACAUGGCUAAGUCCUUAAAGAAGAAAGCAAAGGAAUUUAGAAAGAAUGAAGCACAGGAAAAUGUGAGACUCGAGUCUUAUGUUGCAAGCAAUGAAGGGUUACGCCCAAAAAAGAAGCACAAAUCGUCCAAGUCUAAGUAAUCUCAACCUGAAUGAACCAUGACCGCCGGGUAGUGUUGUAACUUUUUCUAGUCGAAUCAUGCCCAGCAUCCCAUUCAAAGUUGAGGAUUGUGGUUGAAGCUGGCAGGACAAAAUUUAUUUUUUGGCUGUCUGCUUCUUGUAAAAGUAGCUCUAAUCUGCAUGGUUGUUUUAACUGUUUGUGCGGAACUCAUAAUCAACCGUCAAACUCCAUGAGGAAUAUGAGCAAAAUUUUGGCAUA